CCAGGAGGAGGCGGACCGCGGCGUGGGGCUCCCGGCGAGGGCGCGGACCCCGGUGCAGCCCCCGCGCGCCCCGCAGAGUGCCGGCGGCCCAAGGGUUAAGCGCGGCGGGAGCCCCCUGCGCGGGGCGGCCGUGGGCCGGAGUGCUUAGUCAGGGUCCCGAUUUCCUGCCGAAGUGUUUGGAUUUCCUGCAGCCCGCGCCCUCCGCCGAGCGGGCUGGGGCAGGAGCGAGCGGCUCGCGUCGCCGGCCUCCUCCCCCUCGGCACAUGGUCGCCCGCCCCUUCCUGCGCCGCGCUCGGCUCCCGCGAUGGAAUAAUGCCCAGCAGCCCGCCCGGUCCCGGUUAUUUUCGGAUGUGACGGCUGAGACAUGAGAUCUUCAGCCUCCAGGCUCUCCAGUUUUUCCUCAAGAGAUUCACUAUGGAAUCGGAUGCCGGACCAGAUCUCCGUGUCCGAGUUCAUCGCCGAGACCACCGAGGACUACAACUCGCCCACCACGUCCAGCUUCACCACGCGGCUGCACAACUGCAGGAACACCGUGACGCUGCUGGAGGAGGCUCUAGACCAAGAUAGAACAGCCCUACAGAAAGUGAAGAAAUCUGUAAAAGCAAUAUAUAAUUCUGGUCAAGACCACGUACAAAAUGAAGAAAACUAUGCACAAGUUCUGGAUAAGUUUGGAAGUAAUUUUUUAAGCCGAGACAACCCUGAUCUUGGCACUGCUUUUGUCAAAUUUUCUACGCUUACGAAGGAACUGUCCACACUGCUGAAAAAUCUGCUCCAGGGUCUGAGCCACAAUGUGAUCUUCACCUUGGAUUCCUUGUUAAAAGGAGACCUGAAGGGAGUCAAAGGAGAUCUCAAGAAGCCAUUUGACAAAGCCUGGAAAGAUUAUGAGACAAAGUUUACAAAAAUCGAGAAGGAGAAAAGAGAGCAUGCAAAACAGCACGGGAUGAUCCGCACAGAGAUCACAGGGGCCGAGAUUGCGGAAGAGAUGGAGAAGGAAAGACGCCUCUUUCAGCUCCAGAUGUGUGAAUAUCUCAUUAAAGUUAAUGAAAUCAAGACCAAAAAGGGUGUGGACCUGCUGCAGAAUCUCAUAAAGUACUACCACGCACAGUGCAAUUUCUUUCAGGAUGGCUUGAAAACAGCUGAUAAACUGAAACAGUACAUUGAAAAACUGGCUGCUGACUUAUAUAAUAUAAAACAGACCCAAGAUGAAGAAAAGAAACAGCUAACUGCACUCCGAGACUUAAUAAAGUCCUCACUGCAGCUUGAUCAGAAAGAAGUAGGUGGUUUAUAUGUUCCCAGCAGGGCCAACAGUUCUAGGAGAGACUCUCAGAGCCGGCAAGGCGGGUACAGCAUGCAUCAGCUCCAGGGCAACAAGGAGUACGGCAGUGAGAAGAAAGGAUACCUACUGAAGAAAAGUGACGGAAUCCGGAAAGUGUGGCAGAGAAGGAAGUGCGCCGUCAAGAAUGGAAUCCUGACCAUCUCACAUGCAACUUCUAACAGGCAGCCUGCUAAGCUAAACCUUCUCACCUGCCAGGUGAAGCCAAAUGCUGAGGACAAGAAGUCUUUUGACCUGAUAUCACAUAAUAGAACAUACCACUUUCAGGCAGAAGAUGAGCAGGAUUAUGUAGCGUGGAUAUCAGUAUUGACGAACAGCAAAGAAGAGGCCCUAACCAUGGCCUUCCGUGGGGAGCAAAGCACGGGAGAGAACAGCUUGGAAGAUCUGACAAAAGCCAUCAUCGAGGAUAUCCAGCGGCUCCCUGGGAACGACAUCUGCUGUGACUGUGGCUCAUCGGAACCCACAUGGCUCUCAACCAACUUGGGUAUUUUGACCUGUAUAGAAUGUUCCGGAAUCCAUAGGGAGAUGGGGGUUCAUAUUUCUCGCAUUCAGUCUUUGGAGCUAGACAAAUUAGGAACUUCUGAACUCUUGCUGGCCAAGAAUGUAGGAAACAAUAGUUUUAAUGAUAUUAUGGAAGCAAAUUUACCCAGUCCCUCACCAAAGCCCACUCCAUCGAGUGAUAUGACUGUACGAAAAGAAUAUAUCACUGCAAAGUAUGUCGACCAUCGGUUCUCAAGGAAAACCUGCUCCUCUCCCUCAGCAAAGCUGAAUGAAUUGCUUGAGGCCAUCAAAUCCAGGGAUUUACUUGCACUAAUUCAAGUCUAUGCAGAGGGAGUGGAGCUAAUGGAGCCACUGCUGGAACCUGGGCAGGAGCACGGAGAGACAGCCCUUCACCUUGCUGUCAGGACUGCAGACCAGACAUCGCUCCAUUUGGUUGAUUUCCUUAUACAAAACUGCGGGAACCUGGAUAAGCAGACGUCCGUGGGGAAUACGGCUCUGCACUACUGCAGCAUGUACGGCAAGCCAGAGUGUCUGAAGCUGCUGCUCAGGAGCAAACCCACAGUGGACAUCGUUAACCAAAAUGGAGAAACUGCCUUGGACAUAGCAAAGAGACUAAAAGCUACCCAGUGUGAAGACCUGCUCUCCCAGGCUAAAUCUGGAAAGUUCAACCCACACGUCCACGUAGAGUAUGAGUGGAACCUUCGGCAGGAGGAGAUGGAUGAGAGCGAUGACGAUCUGGAUGACAAACCAAGCCCCAUCAAGAAAGAACGCUCACCCAGACCCCAGAGCUUCUGCCACUCCUCCAGCAUCUCACCCCAGGACAAGCUGGCAUUGCCAGGGUUCAGCACUCCGCGGGACAAGCAGCGACUCUCCUAUGGAGCCUUCACCAACCAGAUCUUCGUCUCCACAAGCACGGACUCACCCACGUCACCCACCACAGAGGCGCCCCCUUUGCCACCUAGGAAUGCCGGGAAAGGUCCAACUGGCCCACCUUCAACACUCCCUCUAAGCACCCAGACCUCUAGUGGCAGCUCCACCCUAUCCAAGAAGAGGCCUCCUCCCCCACCACCCGGACACAAGAGAACCCUGUCUGACCCUCCCAGCCCACUACCUCAUGGGCCCCCAAACAAAGGCGCAAUUCCUUGGGGUAACGAUGUGGGCCCAACAUCUUCAAGUAAGACUGCGAACAAGUUUGAGGGGCUUUCUCAGCAGGCAAGCACUAGUUCUGCGAAGACUGCCCUUGGCCCAAGAGUACUUCCUAAACUACCUCAGAAAGUGGCACUAAGGAAGACAGAAACAAGCCAUCAUCUCUCUCUUGACAAAGCCAGUGUCCCACCCGAGACUUUUCAGAAAUCAUCACAAUUGGCGGAGUUACCCCAAAAGCCACCACCUGGAGACCUACCCCCAAAGCCCACGGAACUGGCCCCUAAGCCCCAAACUGGAGAGUUGCCACCUAAACCCGGAGAACUGCCCCCUAAGCCCCAACUGGGUGACCUUCCCCCCAAGCCACAGCUCUCAGACUUACCUCCCAAACCACAGAUGAAGGACCUGCCCCCCAAACCACAACUGGGAGACCUGUUGGCAAAGUCACAGGCCAGCGACAUUUCCUCCAAGGUGCAGCUGCCCUCAGAGGUAACACAAAAGUCACACACAGGGGAUCUAUCCCCAAAUGUGCAGUCCAGAGAUGCCAUCCAGAAGCAAGUGUCUGAAGACUCCAAUGACCUCACGCCCACACUGCCUGAGACACCUGUACCACUGCCCAGAAAAAUCAAUACGGGGAAAAAUAAAGUGAGGCGAGUGAAGACAAUUUAUGACUGCCAGGCCGACAACGACGACGAGCUCACAUUCAUUGAGGGAGAAGUGAUCAUCGUCACAGGGGAAGAGGAUCAGGAGUGGUGGAUUGGGCACAUCGAAGGACAGCCUGAAAGGAAGGGUGUCUUUCCAGUGUCCUUUGUUCACAUCCUGUCUGACUAGCAAGAAGCAGAGCCUUCAGUUCAUCCACACCCUUCAUGCCAGACCGCUGCCUCCAUGUAAUCCUGUGCACACCGUGUAUAUAGCUGCUGUAAUAGAGCAAGAAACUCAUGGAAGGGCCACUCAGGAGGGGAAUAUAGUAUGUAUUGUAAAUAUCCUGUGGUCUUCUGCCUUUGCACCAGUAUUAGGGUAGCCUCGGGACCCGGUGCACCUUACUGGUUUGCCAAAGCCAUCCUUGGCAUCUAGCACUUACAUCUCUAUGCUGUUUUACAAGCAAACAGAAAAUAGGAGUCUAGGAACUGCUGGCUUUCCAAGUGAACUGUCUGCAGCAGCUGUCAAGGGCGUAGAACUGACAUCCUAACAAUGCAGUAUUCUCAGUAGUGUUACUGAACAUGCAACAUUAGCACAGGUGGGUUCUGUUCUCCAGGCCGAACUUUACGUUAGCCCGUAGUUACCUGUGUACACAGUUUACAGCUACAGAAACCUACUUUGGUAUUUAUUACAGAAAAGUGCUCAGUUAAAUGUAAGUGUUACUCUUUCAGCAAAUACUCACUGACCCAAAAUAUUCUGUGGCAUUUUACAAUGUACACAGCCUCAUGCAAGUUUAGACAAGUGGAUUUGUACUAUCUUACGGUGAGUGCCCACCCCUGAGAUAUUACCUCAUUAUGCAAAAAUAACAUACCUUCAUGACUAUUUUGAUGAAAGUUUAAAACCCUAUCUGAUGAAGUUCAACUUGAGGAACCAAGGACUGCCAGAACAUACUCGCCUCGACGUCAUGCAUGCAUCUAGAAGCUAACCUGAAUUCUGCCUUUUAUAAAGGAAUAAAUAGUGUGGAUAAGUGAACUGUACAUUUUUUAAACUUGAUUGCCAUUAAAGCAGAAGUUAUAAGGUUGCAA